AUGUUUGUCCUCACCGCUGAAGACAUGUUUGUCCUCACUGCUGACGACAUGUUUGUCCUCACUGCUGACGACAUGUUGGUCCUCACUGCUUAUCCGUGCACUUGUUCUGAAGCUAACGGACACGAUGCUGCAGAGUCCCCACAGAUCAUGGAGGCCGAGAGGUUAAAUCCUCCCAGUCCUCCCAGUCCUGACAGUUCCCCCAGUCCUCCCAGUCCUCCCAGUUCUCCCAGUCCUCCCAGUCCUCCCAGUUCCCCCAGUCCUGACAGUUACCCCAGUCCUGACAGUUCCCCCAGUCCUCCCAGUCCUCCCAGUUCUCCCAGUCCUCCCAGUCCUCCCAGUUCCCCCAGUCCUCCCAGUGGUGUUCAGGUGGAGUUCAGGAGGAGUUCAUGUGGAGUUCAGGUGGAGUUCAGGUGGACUUCAUGUGGUCUUCAGGUGGAGUUCAGGUGGAGUUCAGGUGGUGUUCAGGUGGAGUUCAGGUGGUGUUCAGGUGGAGUUCAUGUGGAGUUCAGGUGGUGUUCAGGUGGAGUUCAUGUGGACUUCAUGUGGUGUUCAGGUAGAGUUCAGGUGGUGUUCAGGUGGUGUUCAGGUGGAGUUCGUGUGGAGUUAAGGUGGUGUUCAGGGGGAGUUCAGGUGGAGUUCAGGUGGAGUUCAGGUGGUGUUCAUGUGGUGUUCAGGUGGUGUUCAGGUGGAGUUCGUGUGGAGUUCAGGUGGUGUUCAGGUGGUGUUCAGGUGGAGUUCAUGUGGAGUUCAGGUGGUGUUCAGGGGGAGUUCAUGUGGACUUCAUGUGGUGUUCAGGUAGAGUUCAGGUGGAGUUCAUGUGGUGUUCAGGUGGUGUUCAGGUGGAGUUCGUGUAGAGUUCAGGUGGUGUUCAGGGGGAGUUCAGGUGGAGUUCAGGUGGAGUUCAGGUGGUGUUCAGGUGGUGUUCAGGUGGAGUUCAGGUGGAGUUCAGGUGGUGUUCAGGUGGUGUUCAGGUGGAGUUCAGGUGGUGUUCAGGUGGAGUUCAGGUGGUGUUCAUGUGGAGUUCAGGUGGAGUUCAGGUGGUGUUCAGGUGGUGUUCAGGUGGAGUUCGUGUGGAGUUCAGGUGUAGUUCAGGUGGAGUUCAUGUGGUGUUCAGGUGGUGUUCAGGUGGAGUUCGUGUGGUGUUCAGGUGGUGUUCAGGUGGAGUUCAGGUGGUGUUCAGGUGGAGUUCAGGUGGUGUUCAUGUGGUGUUCAUGUGGUGUUCAGGUGGUGUUCAUGUGGUGUUCAGGUGGAGUUCAGGAGGAGUUCAUGUGGAGUUCAGGUGGUGUUCAGGUGGAGUUCAGGUGGUGUUCAUAUGGCGCUCAGGUGGAGAUCAUGUGGUGUUCAUGUGGUGUUCAGGUGGACUUCAUGUGGUGUUCAGGUGGUGUUCAUGUGGUGUUCAUGUGGUGUUCAGGUGGUGUUCAGGUGGAGUUCAGGAGGAGUUCAUGUGGAGUUCAGGUGGAGUUCAGGUGGACUUCAUGUGGUCUUCAGGUGGAGUUCAGGUGGAGUUCAUGUGGAGUUCAGGUGGUGUUCAGGUAGAGUUCAGGUGGAGUUCAUGUGGUGUUCAGGUGGUGUUCAGGUGGAGUUCGUGUGGAGUUCAGGUGGUGUUCAGGUGGAGUUCAGGUGGUGUUCAGUUGGA